ACAAUCAUUGAUUGAUUGUAUGAAUACAUUGAAUCAUGACAUCAAUGGAUGUAACAGUUGAUGACAUUUUGGAUCAGCUCUGGAGUGAAAACAGACGACUUCUCAAAGAGUUAUUGUUUGCCAAUAAAUGUCUGAAAAUUUUUAAUCAAUUAAGAAAUGAAUUGAAUUUGAUUUAUAAGAAGUUUGAAACACAAUUGAAUACUGAAGACAAGUUCAAUCAUUUAAGACAUCAAUUGAAUUUGAUUUAUCAACAAAAUAGUGUUUACAAAGACUUGGCCAUAGAUGACGACAUUAAGUGUCAAUCGAGAGCUUCAAAAGUUGUCAUCAAUAGUGGCAAUGGUGUGAUAGAUAUACAAGAUAUCAGUUAUUUACCGGAAGAGACAGUUAUAUGCGAACCACUGGACAUACUUGUAAACGAAGUGGUCAUCGAUGGUACACAAGAUUAUGAUAAUAAUCAUAGUGAAGAUGAUGAUGAAGAUGAACAAGACGUACAAGAAAUGGUUGUCAAUAAGACAAAUGUUGAUUACAGUGAUAUCGAAGAAGAACAACAAACGACACCAAUUCAAUCAACUAAUGAAAUGAUCGGCGAUUGUGACCAACAAAAUGAUGGAAAAAUUAGUCAAAAAACAGAAACUAACGCUAAGAAGAUUAAAACCAAAUCUAUGUUUGCAAAAGUUGUCGACAAAUGUGGCGCCAAUUUCUUCAAGUGUUUAGUCCGCAAUUGUGACAAAAAAUUUAAUAAUAUGAAAACAUUGCGAAGACAUCAACGAAAUCAGCAUCAAAUUAGACGAAGCAAAUUAGGAAGACAUAUAUGUCAUUACAAGAACUGCGACUAUGAGACCAAAGUUGUCGACGAGUUUGUUAAACACAUUCAGUAUAUCCAUAGAGACGAUCGACCGUUUGCUUGUCUUCUGGAUAAUUGUAAAAAAGCAUUUAAAGAGAUCAAAGAUCUCAAAAGUCAUCAAACGGUUCAUAUUAGUGAUGAUAAACAAUUAGAAGAAGAAGAAGAAAAAGACAAUAAAACUGAUCCGUUAUACGAAAAAAUCAUUGACUAUUCUGGUGCUCAUGUCUUUAGGUGUUUGUUUCGCGACUGUUUGAAGAAAUUUUCGAGUAUACCAUCCGUAAUACGACACCAAAGAGAAGGACAUCAUAUUGUAAGAGCCAUUACAGGAAUAGGAAGAAAUCGAUGUCAUUACGAUAACUGUAACUUUGAGACAAUAUUUAGUCGAGAUUUUAUUGAACACAUGAGUUAUGUCCAUCAAGACGACCGACCAUUUAUCUGUCGUAUCGAUGAUUGUUUGACAGCUUUCAAAAAGAUUGUCGAUCUUAGAGAACAUCAAUCGAAAUGUCAUUUUAGUUUACCCGAACAGUCCAACAAUGAUUGUACAAUAAAAGUCGAUGACAACGAUAAUGAUAAUAAAGAGGACAUUGUUUUGCAAGCAAUCAAUGAAGUGAUUGAUAAUUAUGGUGACGAUCAAAGUGACAAUCGAUUGUUUGAUAAAAUUACCGACAAUUCUGGUCACCUUAUGUAUCGAUGUCUGUACAGUAACUGUUAUAAACAGUACACUAGUCGUCAAUCAGUUCUGUUUCAUUGGAGAACAAUACACGAAGUGACUGACAGAAGACAACGAAGCCAUAAAUGUCAUUAUAAUGACUGCAAUUUUGAAACGAUAGUAAUCGACGAUUUCGUUACACAUAUGAUUGAUAUCCAUCGAGAUUGUCGUCCAUUUGUCUGUCGUAUUGGCAAUUGUGACGAAGCGUACAAAACAUAUUCAGAACUUAAGAAUCAUCAACUGAUUCAUUUAAGAGGUAAACAAUUAAAAGAAACAAAUGUAACACAAAUUAAUGGGGAAGUAGUAGAUAAAAGUUGUGAUCAAUCAAUGUCUUCAAAUAAUAGACAAUCAUUGACAACUGACAAUGAGAUUAAUGAUAAUACUAAUAAUAAUAAAUUGUUUGAAGAGAUUACCGAUUCAUUUGGUUUUACUCUAAGAUGUCUUUAUAAUAACUGUUACAAAAAGUUUAAGAACAAACACUCAUUAUUUAAACACCAGAGACAGAAACAUCAGAUGAAAAGAAAUAAUUUAUCCAAAUAUAAGUGUCAACAAAAUGAUUGUCAGUUUGUAUCGGCAAAUCUCAGUGAAUUUGGUCGACAUAUGAAAGAUGUUCACAAUGAAGACAAACUAUUUCGGUGUCAUUAUGAUAACUGUAAUAAAUCCUACAAAUAUCGAAUCGAUCUGAUCCGUCAUCAAUCAUUACAUAGCAAUCGGUUGUUUCAUUGUCCGGUCACUGCUUGUAAUCAAGUUUUACCGACAGUUAUCCAAUUGAAACGACACUAUCGUUUGUUUCAUUUGCACAAAACCAUUGAGUUUGUCGACGGCUCAUUCAAAUGCAGGUAUCCUAACUGUAACCGUAAGUAUAGACAAAAAUCGGAUGUCCGAAGACACCAGAGGGAUGUUCACGAAGGACAACGACAACGUAAGAAAAGCAGUUCAUUCAAAUGCCAUUACGACGGCUGUUCUGUUGAUUGUCUAACCAAAGAGCGACUUGACAGACAUAUAUCGUUGGUUCACUUAAUGGAAACACCGUUUCACUGUACUAUCGAUGGCUGUCAGAAGGCAUUCAAAUUGAAACAAACACUGGACCGACACCUAUUGGCCCACAACAAACAGGCACUAGUUUGCAGUUACGGUGAUUGUAGAGAAAAGUUCAAAUCUAUGGUAGCAUUCAGAUAUCAUAUGGAAGAACACACCAAAACGGCAACAAUCAAUUGUACAGAACCGGGAUGUGAGCUAAAGUUUCUCAAUAAAACACACUUGAAAUGGCAUAAGAGUACUGUCCAUAGGAUUAAAAAGCAAUAUUUGCAUCGAUGUCCAUGGCCUGGAUGUGACUAUUACGGUAAAAAUAUUACUCAACACAAAUCGGUUCACACUGGCGUCAAACGGUACGCCUGUAUUUGGCCAAAGUGUGGCAAAUCAUUCAACAAUCCCGGCGAUCUCGAGGGUCAUAUGAAUGUACAUAAGAAUAUCAAGCCGUAUGCCUGUACUUGGCCCGGAUGUGACUACCGGUGCGCUCAUUCAACUGGUCUACAACAUCACCUAAUGUCACCAAUGGUUGUGACAAUUGAUGACAUUUUGGAUCAGUUGUGGAUUGAAAACAAACGACUUGUCAAUGAAUUAUUGUUUGCCAACAAAUUGAAGACAUUUUUGUUGAAAUUGUUUGACAAAUAUGAAGAACAUAUCGAUGGAGAAGACAAACAUGAGUUCAAACAAUUGCAAGAAGUGAUUAAAAAUAGGAUCCAAUUGAGAGACAAUGAGUAUGAAGAGGAGGACAGUCAUGUCGUGGACAGAAAUAUCAAUGAAAUUAAUGUUUGCAAUAGUAGUUCAACGGUUAGAUCUACAGAUAGUAUGGGUAAAGUAGGAUCAGAUGAGACAAAUAUAUAUAAAAGAAUCGGACAAGAAGUGUGUCAAUUGAAGGUUAAGGGAAAUGAAGAUAACAGUCAUAUCCGGGAUAUUCAAAGGCAGACAAACGAUGAAAAUGUUGUUAAAAAAUCAUUAAUACCGAUAAAAAUUGUUAAAAUAACGACAAAUAAUGACCAGAAAGAAAGUUAUCAAUUCAUACCAAUGAAAGCGACGAACAUAAGUGAUGGCAGACCUACUGAUAAAUCAAUUAACAAUAAAAUCUCUAAUAAUCAUGAUUUAGAUGACAGACCGUUUGAAUGUCCUAUUGAUGGAUGUCUUAAAACUUUUAAGAGAAACUAUGAACUUGUAUUACAUAAUCAAGCAUUUCAUUCAAACCUAACUCCAAGUCAGAAGACUUUUUUGUCGAACAAAAAGAUAUGUAAAUCCAUGGAAAAGACAAACAAUGAAAAUGUUGUUAAAAAAUCAAUAAUACCGAUAAAAAUUGUUAAAAUUACGACAAAUAAUGAUCAGAAAGAGAGUUAUCAAUUCAUACCUGUUUGUCGACCACCAGUCAGUCAACCAGUUGACAGAUCUACUGAUAGAUUGUUUAGAUGUCGUGUUAAUGGAUGUCUUAAAACUUUCAAAAAAAACUAUGAACUUGUAUUACAUGAACUAGAAGUUCAUUCAAAAACAAUUGGCUGCGAGUUUGAUGGCUGUCGUCGAAAGUUUCGACUGAAUCAUGAAAUGAAACAACAUUUGGCCGAACAUAACAACCAACCGAAACAAGUGAUGGAUAAAUCUGAUUCAGAAAAUAUACAAAAAGUUGAUAACAUUAAUCAAGUAAUCGAUAAGCAAAAAGAUGUUAGUGUUGUUCACAAAUCAACUGAUAUUACGACAACUAACGACCAGAAAGAGGGUUCAAUUAUCACAAAAAUCUAUAAUAAACAUGAUUUAGAAGACGGACCGUUUGAAUGUCCUAUUGAUGGAUGUCUUAAAACUUUUAAAAUAAACUAUGAAUUAGUAUUACAUAAACAAAGAGUUCAUUCAAACCGAACUCGCGGUCAGAAAAUAUUUUUGUCGAACAAAAAGAUAUGUAAAUCCACGGAAAAGAUUCAAAAGAAGAAAAUGAUUUUCGAUCAAAUUAGUGGAAAAUAUAAGUGUCGUUACGAUGACUGCGAUAAGAAAUUUAAUACGAAGAGUGCUCUUCGAUACCAUGAGAGGAUACAUCACGAAAGGGAUACAACAAAGUGGUUGAAUUGUCAGUACACUGAUUGUCAGUUUCAAUGUCUGCAAGGAUCUAAUAUGAAAGAACAUCUUAAUUCCAAACAUUCGGACGUUAAGACAUUCGUCUGUUCCUACAGUGGAUGUACUAAAGCAUACAAAACAUCGCGUAGUUUACGAAUACAUUCACUUAUUCAUACAAAUACUGUACAUAAAUGUGUUGUCGAUGGCUGUCAAAGAAAGUUCAGACAUAAAACUAAUUUGACGAGACAUAUGGCCGAACAUAAGAGCGAACCGACACUUAAGUGUCCAGUAAAGGGAUGUCUGGAAAAGUUCUUCAGUGAUAAAGAGAUAUUCAGACAUCGGAGGAAAGUCCACAAUAUAAUGUAUCGGAAAGGUAUUAAACACAGAUGUGAUUGGCCCGGAUGUGAUUGGAUCGGCUAUGGUCUAAGUUUUCAUAAAAAACAACAUUUGGGAGAAAAACCAUUUGUCUGCGAUUGGCCUCAAUGUGACAAACGAUUUAUAACAUUGGGUAAUCUUCAGAACCAUUUGAAUGUUCACAACAAUGUUAAACCAUAUGUGUGUCUUUGGCCCGGAUGUGACUACCGGUGCGCUAAUGGGGGUAAUAUUAUUACACAUAGAAAAAGAGUACACGAAAUGAAGUUAUGA